CUUGGGCUUUGAGAGAUUCAUACGGAUCUUGAUUAUAUUCUAGAGCUACGUUAUGGACGGUUCCUAUCCUCCUCGAUUUCACUAUACUCUCGAUCUUCACGCCCGUAACAACGGCCUCAACACAUAUACAGUGGCUAUGGCUAAGAACGAUGUGAAGCUUUUGGGUGCAUGGCCAAGCCCAUUUGUGAUGCGAGCACGCAUCGCCCUCAACAUCAAAUCCGUCGACUAUGAGUUACUCGAAGAGAAACUGGGAUCCAAGACCCAACUCCUCCUUCAAUCUAACCCAGUUUAUAAGAAAGUGCCCGUUCUCAUCCAUGAGCACAAACCCAUAUGCGAGUCCCUCAUCAUUGUCCAGUACAUCGACGAGGCUUGGUCCUCUGGACCCUCCAUCCUCCCUUCAGACCCUUAUGACCGCGCUAUUGCCCGCUUCUGGGGUGUCUACAUUGACGAUAAGUGGUUUCCGUUGCUGGGUGGGAUCGGGAAGGCUCAAGGAGAGGAGGCGAAAAAGGCGGCAGUAGAUCAAGUGCAUGAAGGGCUUAUGCUGUUAGAGGAGGCGUUCGGGAAGUGCAGCAAAGGGAAGGAUUUCUUUAGCGGGGAUCGAAUUGGUUACCUUGAUAUCGCUUUAGGGUGCUUCUUGGGGUGGGUGAGGGUGUCGGAGAAGAUGAAUGGCGUGAAGCUGCUUGAUGAAGCCAAGAUGCCUGGUCUGGCUAGCUGGGUGGAGAAGUUCUGUGCGGACAGUGCUGUGAAGGAUGUGAUGCCGGAUACCGAUAAACUUUCGGAGUUUGCUAGGAUGCUAAUCCAGUUCAAGGCCAACGCUCAUCCGCCGGCUUCUUAAUUAUAGAUGGGAGGUAUCCUAGCUAGGGUUCAUCUUAUUCAUAGGAUUGAAAAUAAAUUCUAAUUGUUAAGUGAUUUGAUGCAUUGAUCAUCUUAUUCAGUGGCUACUUCUCAAUGCUGUAAA